GCAAGGAUUCAGCCCCAUUGAUCGCAAGGCCGCCCAGUAUGCCGAUUGAGGCAGAUGCUUUGUUGUUGGCGACAAAUGCCGACGAUCUCACCCAUGUGCUCGCGCAACAACGAGAUGGCAGGAAGAAUCUCAGAGCUGAGGCCAAGGCCACUCGUGGACAAGGACGAGGGCGUGGCCGUGCGCCAGCCAAGAGCGCGCAGCCAGUCCCGAACGCGCCAGAGGCUGCAGGGCCACAGCAGAACGCGCCAGAGGCUGCAGAGCCACGGCAGGACGGUCAGCCAGAAGAGGCUGUGUCUGAGGCUACUGCGAAGCGCGUGUGCAAGAAGCGUGCAGAGCCACAGCAGGACAGUCAGCCAAAAGAGGCUGCGUCCAAGGCUAAGGCGAAGCGUGUGUGCGAGAAGCCUGGGGACACCGAGGAGAGGCCAAGCAAGUCGGCCAAGAAGCCACCGCUGGACCAG